AUGAUCAAUUCGUGUAAUUUAAUAUGUUAUAGUUAUAUCUUUAUUGCUGGUUAUAUUUUUUAUCUAUCUAUCUAUCUAUCUAUCUAUCUAUCUAUCUAUCUAUCUAUCUCAAAUUAUAUUUUAAAAUUAAUUUUUAAUUUUGACUUUAAUUUUCUAUAUUAUCUCUGCCCCACUUCUCUCGUCCCCCUCUCUCUCUCUCUCUCUCUCUUUUCCCUCUCUCUUUCCUUUUCACUUUCUCUUUCUUUCCCUUUCUCUCUUUACCUCUCUCUUUCCCUUUCUCUUGCUCUCUUUACCUCUUUCUUUCCUCCUCUUCCUCUUUCGCUCACGCUUUCCCUCUCUCUCUCUCCCUCUUUCGCUAACUCUUUCCCUCUCUCUCUCCCUCUUUCGCUCACUCUUUUCCACUCUCACUCUCUAUCCUUCUCUCUUCCUAUCUUUCACUCUUUCUUUCCAUCUCCCUUUCUCUCUUUCUUUCUCUUUCUCUCUUUAACACUCUGUCUUUCUAUGUGUCUUUCCCUCACCCUCUUCCCCUCACUCCCUUCCCCUCUCCCUCUCUCUCUAUUUCCUUCUACCUUCCUAUCUUUCCCUCUCUCUUUCCAUCUCUUUCUCUCUUUGACACUCUUUCUCUGUGCCCUUCCCUCACUCUCUUUCUAUUUCUCUUUCGCUCAUUCUUUCCCUCUCUCACUCUCAUUUUCUCACUCUUUCCCUCUCUCUCUCUCUUUCACUCACUCUUUCCUUCUCUCUCUCCUUCUCUCUUCCUAUCUUUCCCUCUCUCUUUCCAUCUCUUUCUCUCUUUGA